AUGACGAUGCUGGACAUGGGGGACCCAAUCCAGUUAAAAGAUGAGGGAAACAAACAUUUUCAAGCUGGAGAUAUUGAUAAGGCUAUCGAGUGUUACACCAAAGCAAUCAGUGUUUGUCAAGACAAGAAGGUCUUGGCUGUUAUUCACAGAAACAGAUCUGCGUGCUAUCUGAAAAAGGAAAAGUAUUCCAAUGCAGCCUCUGAUGCAUCCAAAGCUAUUGAUGUUGAUGCAUCUGACAUCAAAGCCUUAUACAGACGGUGCCAAGCUCUGGAGAAGCUUGGGAAACUUGACAUGGCCUUCAAAGAUGUGCAGAGAUGCGCGACCAUUGAACCAAAGAACAAAACGUUCCUGGAGACUCUUCGCAGGCUGGGGGCUGAAAUCCAGACUAAGCUCAAAACAACAUUCUCCACAGAUUCAAGGGUACAGAACAUGUUUGAUAUUCUUCUUGAUGAUGAAAUGGAAAAGGACAAGAAGGAAAAGGCUGCCAACAACCUGAUUGUACUAUCCAGAGAGGAUGCAGGAGCAGAGCGAAUCUUCCAGAAUAAUGGCGUCCCUCUACUCCUCAGCAUGAUCGAGACAGGAAAAUCAGAGAUGAUCCUCGCUGCUAUUCGUACUCUUUCGGGAAUGUGCACAGGUCAUAAAGCUCGGGCAAUGGCUAUUAUUCACAUGGUGGGCAUUGAUAAGUUGUGCAGCAUUAUGGCACUUGACAAUGAGGAGAUUGCACUGGCAACAUGCAAUCUCUUUCAAUGCAUCAACGAUUCCCUCACAGGCGGUGAUAAAAGAGAAUAUGGGAAAGAGGAGUCCUUGGUUUUAGAUGCCGCCAAAGACUUGAAGACUAUUCUCCUGUCUUUGCUGGAGAUGGUUGGUAGUAAAAAGGUGUCUGGCCAUGGCCGAGACCAGGCGUUGAACCUCCUGAGCAAGAACGUCCCUCGCAAAGGACAGAAAGAGCUUGACAACUCAAGGACACUUUUCACUAUUGAUCAUGGUCUAAAGAAAAUUCUCAAGGUGUGUGGUCAGGUUCCUGAAUUACCUGACCAGUUGCCCUUGACUGAGAACACCCAGCUAAUUGCCAGCGUGGUUCUCAACCGGCUCUAUGAUGAUCUCACAUGUGAUCCGGAGAGAAACAACUUCAGGGAUAUAUGUGAUGAGUACAUAAAAACCAAAAUCGACCCUAAUGACAUGGAUAAAACAAUUCACGCCAUCAACGUGAUUUCAGGGCUGCUGCAAGGUCCAUUUGAGGUUGGGAACGCUUUGGUUGGUAGGCAAGGCAUCAUGGAGAUGAUGGUGGCGCUGUGUGGCUCUGAACGUGAGGUGGAUCAGAUGGUGGCAGUGGAGGCACUCAUCCAUGCCUCGACAAAGAUGAGCCGUGCUAGUUUCAUCAUCACCAAUGGUGUGUCACUGCUUAAAGACAUCUAUAAGAAGACCAAAAAUGAGAAGAUUAAGAUACGUUCGCUGGUGGGUCUCUGCAAACUGGGCUCAGCAGGAGGUGAUGACUACAGCUUAAGACAGUUUGCUGAGGGCUCAACUGAGAAGUUAGCCAAACAGUGCAGAAAAUGGCUCUGCAAUCCUAUGAUUGAUGCCAAAACAAGAAAGUGGGCUGUCGAGGGUUUGGCCUACCUAACUAAUGAUGCUGAUGUCAAAGAUGACUUUGUUGAGGACGAGCCAGCAUUGAAAGCCAUGUUUGAACUAGCCAAGUCUAAAGAUAAAACCAUCAUAUACGCAGUGGCCUGCACCUUGGUAAACUGCACCAACACCUAUGAGAAGAAAGAGAUAAUCCCCGAGUUGGUACAGUUGGCAAAGUUCUCAAAACAGCAUGUGCCUGAGCAACAUCCCAAGGACAAGAAGGACUUUAUUGAGAAGAGAGUUAAGAGACUUCUCAAAGCUGGGGUCACAUCUGCUCUUGCUGUAAUGGUUAAAGCAGACAAUUCUAUUCUGACGGACCAGACCAAAGAAAUGCUUUCAAGGGUUUUCUUGGCAUUGUCUGAGGAUCCCAAAGAUCGUGGUACUAUUGUUGCCCAUGGUGGAGGAAAGGCUUUGAUUCCUCUCGCUCUGGAAGGAACAGAGGCUGGAAAAGUGAAGGCCUCUCACGCGCUUGCCAAAAUUGCAUCCAUUUCAAACCCAGAGAUCGCCUUUCCUGGUGAAAGAGUGUAUGAGGUGGUCAGGCCGUUAGUCAACCUUCUUCACACAGACAGAGAUGGAAUCCAGAAUUUUGAGGCCCUGCGAGGCCUUACCAACUUCGCUGGAUUCAGUGAAAAGCUAAGGAUAAAGAUCGUGAAAGAGAAUGCGCUACCUGAUAUUGAGAGCUAUAUGUUUGAGGAACAUGAACAGAUCAGACAAGCUGCCACUGAAUGCAUGUGCAACCUUGUGACAUGUAAAGAUGUACAAGAGCGCUACCUAGAGGAUGGUAAUGAUAAGCUGAAACUUCUUGUACUACUGUCCGGAGAGGAUGAUGAGAAACUUCAGAUUGCUGCAGCUGGAGCAUUAGCCAUGCUUACUGCUGCUCAGAAGAAGCUUUGCACCAAGAUGACACUUGUGACUGCCCAGUGGCUUGAGAUCCUACAGCGGUUAUGUCUACACAGUAACCCAAUGAUCCAGCACCGCGGCCUGGUGACGGUGUACAAUAUGCUCAACUCGGACGAUAGUGAGCUGGCCAAGAAACUUAUUGAGAGUGAGUUGCUAGAAAUCAUGUCAGUCAUUGGCAAGGCAGCAGACAAUCCCAAGAGACAGGAUGUCAUCGAUGCGGCACGGUCAUGUCUGGUCAAAGCUAUGGACAUGGGUCUGAUCAAACCCUUCUCGACCCCUUCUUAA